UCAGCUUCAUACUUACCAAUCACAAUAACCAACCUAGAGAAAAAAAAGAAAAAACUCUAAACAUAGUAAGUUAUUACAUUAGUGGGCGACCUGAGAUCUCUAACACAGAACACUAAAAUGGCAGGAUUGAAAUCAAUGGUUAUUGUAUUGGUAGUCAUGAUGGUUGCUUCUUUCCAGCCACAAUUCGCCGCUGCACAAACCACGCAUGUAGUUGGAGGCACCAUUGGCUGGAUGAUUCCAUCCAGCGGCGCCAGCGCUUACACCACAUGGGCAUCUGGACAAACAUUCAGGGUCGGAGAUUCUCUUCUAUUCAACUUCACCACAGGAUUUCAUGACGUCGCAGAAGUUUCACAAACCGCAUACGGUCCAUGCACCAUAACUAACCCAAUCUCAACAACCACAACCGGCCCAGCCACCCUCAGACUUGCCACAGCAGGCAACCACUACUAUAUUUGCACUUUCGGAACUCAUUGUCAAAUUGGUCAAAAAUUAACCAUCAACGUCGCUGCAUCGACUUCCACUAGUCCUCCUUCUGCCACCAGCCCGGCUCCCUCUGGGCCCAUGCCUAUGUCACCUGACGGUAUGCCUAUGUCACCACCACCACCAUCACCUAGCAGUGCAUCAGUUUUCACUGCAAUGGUACCAGUCACUUUCUUGGCAGCUGUUAUGGCUUUGUUUUACUAGAUCAUUUUUGGUUGGUUCAUGUUUCUUUUGGAUAUUUUUGUGGUCCAUUUUUAAUUUUUUGUGGUAUAAUAAAAUGUUUUGAUUU